AAAACGUACAACAAUCUUUUGUCUUUCAUCUAAGAUCUUCCUUUCGCAAAGAUAAAUAUUGACUUGCAUAUAUUAGGAAGCGGUUAAUGCAAUUAUAUGUACGCUGGUUGUCACACGUAGCACGUCGUUAGGAUCACUGUGCCAAGGACUUGUAUUCGUAGAGUUCAAUUCCCACAGAAGUGCAAGUAACGGGCAUUCGAGACGUCGAGUCGAUGUCAUUAUCCUCCUGAUAAAUAACAGGUACAGCCGAACGUAACAUUUCUUGCUUACUUGUAACUCAAUAAUGUGAGCUCAGCGUAUUUUACGACCGAGUAAAUAGUUUCGUUUUCUGCAGAUUCUAGUUUCUAACGAUGACAAAACGAUUCUAGUCAUGUGUGUUUCGCAAAAAGAAAUAUUAUGUCGUUGAACUAAUUUGAACAACUUUCAACCAACAACAACUUUCAAGAUCUUUAUCAUGGUUUCCUACCGUGCUUAUUAUAUUCAUCUUUGAAAAUUAUUUUCGAACUUUUAACAAUCAGGAUUUGUGUGUUUUCUAAGAGUGUUUCAUUCUGCUUCUCCAAAAAAAAAGUUUAAGCAAUUUUUAGUUUAGCGAUCAUUGUGUAAAACAAUUAACUCUAUGAUACAUAAACUUCUUAUUCAGAAUUGUGAAUUAGAUAAAGCUAUGAAAAUGAGAUCCGAUGAAGAAAUCUCAAUUCGUUCUGCUACUACCUUGCAAUUGCAUCUUUGCUAUGUAAAGACAAGCACAAUAAUAAUUCCAAAGGAAUGUAAUUGUCAUUGAAUUUUUUACUCAGAACAUGGCGUAUCGAAUUAUCAUCGUUUCUUCAAAUAUGUCGUCGGUUUUUUAAAUAUAAUCUGAUACUCCUCAGGAUCCUGAUAUUGUAAUAUAACGCAAUACAUAUAAAUCACGUUGAAAGAAUUUAACGAUGGCGACGCGCGGUAUUAACCAAGAUGAGAAAUUUAUUUAUCGUGUCGUUCACGAUGCACACUAGAUUGUAACUACAAUACCAUGAGAUUGUGAGUUAAGAUGUUUUCAAGCUACGAUAUAAAGGUUCGUUUGCAUUUGACAUUAAAGCCCACACGAACAUAUAUCAAGCUUUUUUGAGCGCAUUUUAUUUUCAUCUUUAUCGAUAAUCCGAAAUGUUUCAUGAAUUUAUUCAUAAAGUCUUAUUAAGCGUCUGACGAUGCUUGCAAAGUAUUUACAUAGAAUAUAAGUACGGUACUAAAAAGGUAGCGUCAAUAAAAGUAGUAGAAAGCUUUCUUUGCCUUUUUUUCCACUAGUCGGGUAACCAAUUAAAUAACCACAAAUAUCAACACUUUACCGUUAUCUGGUAAUGAUGGCUGUCUCGAUCACAUUGAAAUUACAUAAAUCUUCGUCGUUUAUUGAACCGACGUUUACCGGAAAGUUUCGUCUCUCGAAUGACGCAUAUACGCGAAUGGACCAAGAGCGGAUCUCCAAAAUCGGUGUCAGCUCCAUUUCGGGUACAAAGAAAUAAACUAUAAUCAUUUUAUCUUCCGGUGCAUUGUUCAGGUUGGCGGGAAGGAAAAAGGAGAAGAUACCAGAAUACUCGCGAUAAUUACGCAAGUGAGAGAUUACGCAAGUUCUCCUGGUAUUGGACUGGGACGGGAAAAGCCACGGAUGACCGUGGUGCCGCGAGUACAGUGGCCGGUGAAAUCGCGUUAAAAAGCCGCGCGCAGGUACGAUCGAAGGACCGAUCAUCUCUGCUCCUUUUUUUAUUUCUACGGGGGUGUGGAUCGUUCGCUGUUAGAAGUGCUCUAGAGCGAGAUGUGGAUAUCCCGAAAUAAACUUUCUCGGGUUAUGUAAAGGCUGGCAACUGGCUUGUGUAGACUCGCCGGUAUAAAGGUCGGCUGUGCCCCCAACAGUCCAAGAGUUGCUCACGAACUUCACGCCGGCAACCAUCGGCAGAACAUCGACGCUCUAUAUGUGACGUUGCGUUUUUAUCUGACGCAGACUUAUCUCCAUCGUUCACACGCAUCGUCGCAUCGCACUUUCUCGAGAGAGCGUUGUGCUGUUGCACAGGCACGUGUCCCGUCGCGUCAUUUCGGCAACAUGCGUUCUUUGGUUUUCCUUACGCUUAUCGCAGUGGCUCACUGCCAGGAAUAUUUCCGGCAACCGGAAAAGAUCGUCAGCGAAAACCGGAACCUCGGUGACAAUCGUGGCCACUAUUCGUUCACUUAUGAGACCGAAGGCGGUAUUGUACAAACAGAGACGGGAAGUCGAAAGUACGUCGGCACGCCGUCUGAAACUCAGCUGAUUCAAGGAUCCGUACAGUAUAAUGCUCCAGAUGGUACUCCGAUAGCAAUUAGCUGGACCGCCGACGAAUUUGGUACUCAAGUAGCAGGUACUCACGUGCCAACACCGCCACCAAUACCACCAGCCAUACAGAGAGCUCUUGAUUGGAUCGCGAAACAACCCUCGACUCCGGAACCCGAGGAACUCGCCAAAGACUCGCCGAGUCAACAAAACGCCGUUCCAGCAGCCAACACUAAUCGACUAUAUAAACCGUUAAGGACGAAUCAACGAAACUGAUCGAUCGUGAUACAUUAGAAUAUUAGAAUAGUUCACAUGUUAGUUUUUAUAAUGUACAAAAUAAACCUCGUAUUUUCGUAGAAAACUCAUUUGUCACGAAUUAACUCGUUUCAUCGACAAUCGUUCAUCUUCAAUUCGCUUCCAAAUAUUUUUAUUCGGGAACUUUGUUUAACCAUCGACGUGUUACGGUCUCACGAAUAAACGUAGGAAAUUAUUACCGUGAAAA